AUGUUAACAUAUUUUCCAUAUGGUAUUGCUGGUUGUCAUAUCACUAAGUCAGUGAUAAUCAAUCGUUAUGAUGAGCAUAAAUUAGAGUGGGAACAUGAGAAUUACUUUCCAGAGAAAUUAAAAAAUUUUUAUGGCUGUAAAUGGAUGUGGGCUACUCAGGAAGAUAUGCCUUAUUCGGCAUUUGAGCGUGAUGUCAAUAAAAAUAUUGUUGCUUACAAGGGAAUUGAAGGACAGUUAUUCAACUUCAUGAGCAGAAACUUAAAUUUUUCUAUAGAAGUCCAAGAGGUUAACUUUAAUAAAGUCUUGGAUGGUGCACAAUAUGCUGAAAUGCUUCUUCAGUAUCCAGAAUACGUGUUUGGUGGUUUGCACUAUAAAGCAGAUUUAUGGAGAAACGCAACAUUCUCUCAAUCAUUUAAUUUCUUUUUAAGCCAUUUUUUUGUGGUCACCAAUCUUCCCAGCUUUGAUUCAAGCAUUGAAAAAUUGUUGUUUGCUUUUCAAACAUCCGCGUGGUUACUAAUUGGAACCUGUUAUAUUCUUGCUAGUAUAUUUAUUUUCAUUUACGGUAAUCUAAACGCAAAGUGGCGUGAAGUAGUUAUGGGCCACAGGAACACUGUGCCUCAUUAUAAUCUAUUUGUUAUUGCAAUGGGGUCGAGUAGUGUGGCAGCUGUACCACGUCGAAACUUUGCACGGUUUUUGCUUAUUAUUUGGUUGCUAGCCACUCUUGUAUUACGCAGCAUUUAUCAAGCCAGAAUGUACCAAAUGUUAAGAGAUAAAACGUUUCAUAAUCCACCAAAGACAAUAGCUGAUGCUCUCUCCGGAGAUUACGUUUUGCAAACAAUACCAAGUACGAAUGCGGUUUUUCGAAAUUUACCAACACCAAAGCAACAAGUAUUCUUAAAUGAAACGGAAAAAAAUAUAUUGAUUGCAAUGGGCUAUUCACAGGAACCAAAAGCUCUCGUUACAGCAUAUGAAUAUUAUGGAUAUAUACGUAAGAUGAAUUUAAUAAAUCAUAGGUUACACUUGGUUAAACAGCGAAUUUUAACCAAGCAAUUAGUUUAUUUUGUACGAAAAAAUUCACAUUUAUUGUUUGAAAUCAAUAUGCAGAUCCUAACAGCACAAACGUAUGGAUUUAUGGACAAAUGGAUUCGUGAGAUUGUGCAAUACGAUCGUAUAUUAGGUAGCCCAAAAACCAGUGCCUCUAAAGAAAAUGCAAAAAACUUUGUAAUCGAAAGAACAGCAAAUGUGUUAGCCUUGCAGGAGUUGGAGGCUGUUUUUAUUGCUUUAGUAUUAUUGCAUGGAUGCUCUAUUGUAGUAUUUAUAUUAGAAAUAUAUUUAUUUCGUAAUUAA